AUGGGCUAUCUGGAUCAGGCUAGUGCCGAAGCACUUGCUUCCUUGAACGAGGACGUGCUUAAUGACGAUGUAUACGCUCCAUUGGACCAAGCAACGGAUUUGUGUUUAUCCCAGAAUGGCCAGCAACCCGAGUCAAGUCUUCUCAAGCCUGACGACUGGCUACCGGAGGACCUCCAGUACAUCGGGUUCCAGGAUUCUUCAGGAAACUGGCGUUGCAAACACGGGGGCUGCGCCUAUGACAAGACCUUCAUACGAGCGUGCGACCUACGGAAGCACUACCGCUCCCACCUCAAAUUCUUUUUCUGCGAUGUCCCAGCCUGCACCUCAGCUAAAACCGGCUUCUCAACCAGGAAAGAUUUGCAGCGGCAUAUGCGAUCACACAGGCCGGAAAUUAGCUGCCCGGAACCAGGAUGUGAGCGUGUAUUUGGAAGAGCUGACAACAUGAGAUCCCAUUAUGUCAAAAUGCACCAGAGCGCUAAGAACAGCAUUUUUCCGCGCACGUGUCGAAAACCACGCAAGAAGACAAAAGAGACGCCUGGCACUCUAGUAGAUCUUUGCACCGUGGUGCAAACUACGAAUUCAGCAGAAUCAACGCCAUGGCCUGGCGACUACCUAAAUGAUCGGUACACAUAG